UUUCCCAGCAAGGGUCGCGGCACGGCUGCAGAGGGUUGCCGCUUGCCGGUCCGCGCGGGAGCACGCCGGGAACUGUAGUCUCGCUGUUCCCCGUCGCGUUCUUCGGGCUUCUUGCGCUGGUCGUGGGAAGGGGGCUUGGCCCGGGUCUCGUUCCGCCGCCGCUGCUGCUGCUGCUUUGGGAGCAGGGAUCCUGUCUUUUGCCUUUACCUCCCACACUUCCUGCAGCUGCCCGUCGGCCUCCAUGGUUCACGCUUUCUUGAUCCACACUUUGCUUAGCCGGCCGGGGGACGAGGCAGGGCCUUGUCGGGUGCUCUAUUCCAGAGUCUUCAGUCCUGAGGGGUUGGAUGAUGCCGGAGGUGCUGAUCGCGAGAAGAAGAAACGGAUCCAGAAGGAGCAGAUUCUGGUCGUGGCCAGGCAAGUGGAGUCCAUGUGCAGGCUCUACCAGCAGGCUUCUGGGAGGCCCCCUUCGGACCACUCCGUCCUGCUGCCCGACGAGCCCGUAUCUCUCCAGGAUGUCCCGUCGGGGGUCUUCCGUCUCUCUUCUGGGGACCCCUUUGCUGAGGAUAAGACCGUGCUCUGGCUGGGCAUCCAUUGCUUGGGUUUUGCCCUGGUUUGCGACCCCCACGAGAACCUGAUGCUAGCCGAGAGCGCCCUCCAGCUCCUGGUGAAGAGCCUGCUGGAACACCUCAAGCUGCUGAGCUCCGGGAGCGACGUGCUGCUCAAAGCUGACCGGAUCGAGGUUAUCCUCGGGAAGGUCCUGCCCCAUGGGCAGCUGCUCUUCCGGAAUGACCAGUUUGUCCUGGGGCUGGAGAGGGAACUGAGUGCUUCACUCUCCAAAUGAAAAGCCCCCCCCCAGGGACUGACUCCACUGGAAGCUGGGCAACUGGAGACCUGAGGUUCUUGGCUGGUUGCCCUUAGGUGGAAUGGGCGGCUCGCUGCAUGGCAUCGCUUGGCCACAAUGUGCUGCACAGGAGAGAAAAAUCAGAGUGGGAGACAUGGGUGGUGGUGGAGGAGGAGGUGCCUUGUCUCUUAUCAUCAUCCCUGGCCCUGUCUAAGAGCCAAAAGGAACAUUUCCCCUCUGCUUUUGGAGGC